CAGAAGCGUGUCUAUGACAUUCAGUCGACAAUUAACAAUAAAGCAAAAUGGCUGAAACUCGUUGGUCUGCGACAGACGUCCCGUGAAAUAUGUGUAAUAUUGAAGGGUCACUAUUGUAAAUAAACAUUGAAGUGCAAGUAGCGUAUUUCUUGUCGUGUCCCGUGAUAGUGCAUACUGUGUUUACCUGUGUGUUAACAUUGUGAUAAUACGAAUAUAAAGUAAAGUUUUUAAAAGUGUUUUUGUGUCUUGUUUUUACGGAGAUCAUCAACUUGCUGUCUGAUUUGGAUUUAUGUUUACUUGGUUACGGUGAUGCUAGGCGGGACGGUAGGUGGGGGGUCGCCGGGCGGCGAGGACCUGCUCACCGUCACCGUCGUGCGUGACGAGCACGGCUAUGGAAUGAAGGUGUCAGGUGACAAUCCCGUAUACGUGCAAUCAGUGAAGGAACACGGUGCCGCUUGGCGCGCUGGUCUGCGCGCUGGAGACCGUAUCUUGAGAGUUGACUCCGUACCAGUACAUCAUCACACACAUCAGCAAGUCGUGCAUAUGAUACGAGCCAACCCCACCACGGUACUGACAGUGCAACAGAACAGUUCACGGCAUAAUAAGACUCCGAUAACGGCGCCGUUUCCAGUCAAUCAAGAGAAGCAACGACAGCUAGAAGUAUCCAAAGCGCAGACGGUGCGGUUGAUGCUCGAAAAGGAACAAAAGUACAUGAGGGAUCUCAGGAAUGAGCUGCUCAAAGUUCCAGAUGUAAGGAAGCAGGCGCAGCUCGAGUCCGCGGAACAGCGAUGUUUCACGCUCCAGCACGAGAUCGACUCCAUCAUGGCAGCUCAGUCCCCCGGCACGCCGAAGGCCGGGCGCGCCAAGGAGGCCGAGCGCGGCAACUCGGGCUUCCUCAGCGGCAUCCCGCGCUCGCUCAGCAACCUGACCGGCCAGAGCCUGCGCAACCUGCGCCAGAGCCGCCAGAAGGCGGAGGCGCCGCUCGUGCGCCAGAACUCGGACGAGGGCCGGCGGCGCGCGCACACGCACACCGUGCCGCUCGUGCCCACCACGUGCCUCGACAACGCGCCGCCGCCGCUGCCGCCGCGCCGCGCGCCCGCCAGCCCGCCCGCCGCGCCCGCCGCCCCCGCCCCCGCCCACAAGCCGCACUACAAGAAGCCCUAUCCGAUGCAUCACUCGAUGCCUCCGUAUAGGGAGGAGAAGCUGAGGAGGUCCUCUCACUCGUUGGACGGGGAGCUCGAGGGACCUCAGCCGAAUUCGAUCGCGUUGCAGAUGAACUAUCCCCUGGUCAACGCGCCGCCGCCUCCCCUGCAGACAGAUAAUCGAGGCGGUGUUCCAGUUCUGCACAUGAGGAGUCAGUCGUCUCCAGAACAUCUGGACCACGAACUGCCUAGAACGAGCGCGGCGGGCGCGGCGGGCGCGGACAAGGAGCGCUGGGCGCGCGGGACGCCGCCGCCCGGCACCCCGCCGCCCCCCUACCCGCACCCGCAGCCGUGUGCGGAUCCACAGCGAGCCAUAAUAUCCAUGGAGGAAGACGAUUCGCCCGCCUCGGAUAACUCGUCAUAUUCCGGACUAUUCUCGAAUCUUCGGUCAGUGAGAGAAUCAAAAGCGAGAACGGCGGUACUCAUAAACUGGUUGUUAGGAGAGAGAAGGUGCGCGUGCGCGAGCCUCGUGCUGGUGCUGACGGACGCGUACCGCGGCGCGGCCGGCGUGUCGGCGCACACGCUGCGGCGCUGGGCCUACGAGAUACACUCCACCUUCCUCAUGCCCAACGCGGUGUUACAAUUAAACGGCGUCGAUGAAAACAUGGCGAACGAAAUUGAACACGUCCUAGUUAAUGAGUUCGACAAGGAGGAGCUGCUCCGGAACGUGUUCCUGAAGGCGCGGCGCCAGGCGAAGGAGGAGCUGGGGCGGCAGCUGAGCGAGUUCCAGGUGAAGCGGCAGGUCGGGCUCGGCACGCUGUACGGGCCCGAGGACAGCGUGCUGCAGCGCUGCUCGCUGGACAAGGCGCAGGAGCAGGUGGUCGUGGAGCGGCUGCUGUGCCAGCGGCUGGCGGCCGUGGCGGCGGGCGGCGCGGCGGCGUGCGGCGGCGGCUCCGCGCCCGACGCGCACGCCGCGCUGCUCGCCGCGCUCGUGGCCGCCGCGCUCUGUCUGCACUGCAGGCCGGCGUCGGUGGCGGCGGCGGUGGGGGGCUCCCGCGCGUCGUUCCUCCAGCGAGAUAAGCUCUACAAGCAGAGGCUCAAGCAACUCACCAAGCAGCACCCACAGCCCUUCGUGGUGCGCGGGCACCACCUGCAGCUGCAGGCGCUGACGUCGGUGGCGCACUGCCACCACUGCGACCUGGUGAUCUGGGGGCUGGCGCCGCAGGCCUACGUGUGCGCCGACUGCAAGCUGCGCGUGCACCGCGCCUGCGCGCGCGCCGUGGACGAGGGCUGCUGCCUCGACGGCGAGGCGCCGCCCAAGCGCCUGUCGCGCUUCAUGGAGCGCAUGCACCCGCCGCCCGGUCUCGACUCCGGCGACAAGAAGUCCAGGAAGUCGUCGGGCACCGCCAACUUCCUCAACAUGGAGAGGAGUUUUCGAAAAGCGGAGGACGACACGUGGGACCAAACGUUAACACCUGCCGCCGUUCAAGGAGAAUCGAGGCGAGAGGGAUCGACCGACGAGCCCACAGCGCCAGAACUAGACGUCGACACCAACGACACCAGCACCAAGGAGAACGAAACGAAAGAGCACAGUAGUUGGAAAGGCGCGAAUGCAUCUCGCGGCGUGAACCGCGCGGAGAGCUGCCGCGAGCGCGACGCUCCGAGACGGGGCAAGCAUCGCAACGCGUCCGAUCCGAACCGGCUCACUGCUCAUCCUAACCAUGAUCUCGAGCCAGGCGCGCCGACAGCGCCCUCGGGUAGCUCAAGCAGUUCCAGUCUCUCUUCUAGAAGCAAUGAGAGUAACACCGUCGCUACCGAACAACAAGCUUCCCAAUCUGACUGGUCCGAGGAGGAGGAACCCCUCGCCGCCCAGUGGUCGGACAGCUUGCCGCCGCACAUCAGGGACUCGAUCAUACUCUCGGCUCCCAUCAGGAAACGACAGGAGGUCAUUCACGAGCUAAUAGUGUCCGAGGGCUCGCACGUGCGCUGGCUCAAGGUGCUGGGCGUGGACUUCCUGAAGCCGCUGGAGCGGCAGCCGGCGCUGCUGCCGGCGGAGGAGCUGCGCGCGCUGUUCCCCAACCUGCCGGGCGUGCGCGAGCGCCACUCGCGGCUCUACGCCGAGCUGCGCGCCGUGCGCGGCCGCGCGCACGACCACGUCGUGCGCCUGCGCCCCGUGGCCGACGCGCUGCUCAACACGCUCGGCGACUCAGGCUACGCCUCGUGUCUCUCCAAGUUCUGCCGCGGUCAGCGCAUGGCAUUGGACGCGUUGCGCGAGAGGAGGCGCAAGAACAAGGAACUGCACCAGUUCCUGACGGGUCGGGAGCAGCUGCCGCGCUGUGGACGCCUGCAGCUGAAGGACCUGCUGGCUUGCGUGUGGCAGAGGUUAACAAAGUACCAGCUUCUGCUGGAGAGCAUUCUGAAGACGGCGAGCGAGGACGAGAGCGCGGACGGCGACAGUCUCGAGGACAUCAACCAGCUGAGGAAGGCGCUCAACGUGGCCAAGGACGUGCUGCACAGCGUCGACACCGCCAUCCGCACGGCGGAGAACGAGCACCGCCUGCGGACGAUCCAGAGCAAGCUGGAGGUGCGCAUUCCGAGCGGCGCUGGGGGGGCGGAGUGCGACGAGCUGCGGCGCCUGGACCUCACGACGCACUCGCUGCGCCACGAGGGGGAGCUGCUACUGCGCACCGACACCAAGAAGAUCAGCGUGCUGGCGCUCAUGCUGGAGGACAGCCUGGUGCUGCUGCAGCGCGAGGGCGACAAGUUCGUGCUGCGGCCGCUGGCGCAGCCCUCGCACGCCGCGCUGCUGUCGCCCAUCAUCAAGUGGGAUAAGGUCCUGUUCAGGCCGAACGCGGCCGUCCGGAACACGUUUUUCCUGAUGAACAUUAACGCCAUACAGAUGCACGAGCUGUCGGCCAACACGGCUGCCGAAUAUAGCACCUGGGAGAAGCACAUCCGGGAGUCCCCGCUGGCGCGCCUGGCGGAGACCAAGCCCGCUUUGAGCGCCGCCCACCAGCACACUCGGUCCACCGACGACUCCGGCAUUAACGUGUCAAGGAAUCCAUCCGACGCGUCCGAGAAAUCGACGUCCAGCGCCCCCCCAGAGGAGACCUGCGAGAGCGAGCGGGACAGGGCGUCCGUAGAGCGAGACGACGCGAGCGAGCGAGACAAACAUUCGCUGGAGCGGGAGGAGGAGCGGGAGCGGGACGCGCGCUCCGCGUCCGUCGACAAGGAGGAGGAGGACGAGAGGCACGACAGCGUGUCCCCCAGGCAAAGGCCCGCAGUGGGGCGCAUCAGCACGCACAGCGCGUCGCCCGCCGCGCUCGAGCCCUGCGUCGGCGUGCGCGCCGCGCCGCCCGCCCUGCACACCGCCACGCGCGCCUUCUCGCACCACGAGCGCCUGCGGCGGCUGGACGAGGCCAUCCGUCGCGCGCUGCGGGCCAAGAGCCUGGUGGUGGCCGAGCUGCUGGGCGUGCCGCCCGACAGCUUCGCGCACCUGGCGGAGCUGGCCGUCGCCGACACGCUGGGCCACGUCGACGUGUGCGGCGAGCUGCAGACGGCUCGCGAGACGGAAACGUCACCGGACCUGCACCAGCUGCUGCUGGCGGCGCAGGCGCAAGCAAACCAGUUGACGGAGGCCCUCAGCGGCGCGCUCAACGUGAGCGAGGCGGGGGCCAUGUCGGCUCGGGCGGGCCGCUGCGACUCGUGUCGCGCCCGGAGAGCACCCGCCACCCCCGCCUCGCCCGCGCCCCCACCCGCCUCGCCCGCGCCUCGACUCGGAGACACGAAUGAUCACCAAACUGAAAAGUCAGACGAGCCAGAGAACUCGCGCACAAAGGACAGAUUCGAUAACAGCCUGGAGGCCGACGCGUCCUUCGACAUGUUGACCGACCUGUCGGCCAACGAAUCAGCGCUGGAGGCCGUUUAUGAGCCGGCGGGCUCCCCGGCGGCGGCGGCGCUGGCGGCGCGACUGAGCGCGCACGCGUGCGGGCUGCAGGCGGCGCUGGCGGCGCUGCUGGCGGCGCUGCCGGCGCUGGAGCGCGAGCGGCGCGCGCUGCGGGCCGAGCUGGCCGCCGCGCGCGACCGCGCCGACUGCGCGCGCCACCGGAGAGAAUUUCAAAUGACCGAGGAGAUCUUCCCUAAAGGCGUUGACCAGUCGAUACAGGACCAACCGAGUAAUGGGGGUUGAUCUCCCGGCCGGCUGUGGACUCAAGCCGCCCCUGCGACGCCUGCGCCGGCGCGACCCAACUAUGACGCUUAACGAAACUUGACGAAAAAACGAGAUUUUUUCCCAAAAAUCGAUCAAUAUUUUUGUUGGAAGUUUCAUCAAUAUCGACCCAGCCUGACCACCCAACGGUUUCGAUGUCUCGUCGAAUAUUAAACUCGUACUAAUAUUGUAUAUUUUGUAACAGUAAUCGCAACGUUACCGUUUGUAAUAUUUUUUAGUAUUAAAUCAAAUAUUUUGUUUCGUUUUUGUAUUCCAUAAGUAAAUUGAUGUGAUCGCUUGUAUAAUAUAUCAUUUUGCGUUUCUAUAUACGUGUAUAAAUAAGUGUAAAUAAUGUCUCGCUGUGUGUCGGUAUGUUGCGCUAUUUUGAAAUAAAAAGUAUUAUUUGACAAUAUACAUAAAAUUCUGUAUUUUUUGAUUGUUAAUAAUAUACGCAUAUAGUGUAAGAUGGCGGCCCGCCGGACGGUUUAUAGAGUUUCUUUUAUGUUAUUUAUUUUGAUUAUUUUUAGAAAAUUUUAACUUUAAUUUUUUAAAUCAAUUUUAUAUAAAAUUAAUAUCAAUAAAGUUUUGACAAUGUUUUUUCUACGAAAUUAUUUUUAGAUCUUUUUAAAUGUAUCACGAAAUAAAAUGAAUAUAUUUUUAUGUUAUCGUUUUAUAUAUAAGAAUGUUCCGCGGGCCCGUCCUGUUAUUCCACGUAUUGUACAAACAGACACGAUAUUUUAUAUAGACGCUAAGUGUAUAUUUGUACCACAGUGCCCUAAAUAUUCCUAGUACCUUGCUAAUGCCAUAUUAACAGACGUAUGUAAUUAGUUGAUACAUAGCUGUUUAACUUAUAUAGAAGAAAAAACCAAACAAGUAAAGUGAAUUAACAUCCGGUAAGGCGACGUUCAGUCCGGCCGACGGUUGGCUGGGUGACCGGUUCCGACAGUUUGUGUAACAGCGUAGUGAUUUUUCGAAUAAGCUUUUUAUCAUAGGAAUUGAUGUUUCCGUAUAUCGUAUUGAAAAUACGUUAAUUUAUAUUAAAUGUAUAAUUAUAUAAUUAACAAGCUGUAUAUAAACAAAACUAUACACGUUAGAUAUCACUGUACCUAAGUAUGUAACAUAGAAUAAACAUUGCCAUUGUA